CAGUGUCUGGGUUGUUGUUCCCCGGGGUUCCACUAGAUGUCCUCCUUCUCACGGUGCCUGUCCCAGAUCACUUCCUGUUCCCUUAUAUGGUCACCUUCCUCCUUGUUACCUGAUUGAUUGUUCACCCCACCUGUCUCCUGUUUCCCAAUUAUCCUUCUGUGUUUAAAUACCCAGUCUGUCUUAGUCUAUGUCACGGAGUCCUUGUCUGAUGUCAUUGUGUUUCAGGUCCAUCAGUCUUGCUUUGUCUUACCCUAUGUGUCUCAUUCUCUCGUUCCACCAGACUUCCUCUACCUUUCCGUUCUUCCGAGUUCCCCGUUUCAUCCGGUUCCCUUUUUGUUUGAUUUGUCUCUCAUGACUGUUUAUUUUGUAUUUACCCCUCUGUUUAAAUAAAACCCUUACCUGCAUUUGGAUCUACCCUCUCCUUGUGUUUUUCCCCAAUACCUAUCGUGACAGAAGGACUCCGUCAUGCCUAGAUCCAGCGGUGUGGGAUUUCGAAUCGGUUCCCCAGCCACCAUGGAGGAACGGAGGGGGAGAUACCAGAACUUAAUCACCCUUCAUCAAGAGGGAAGUGAGGUGGGUGGCCUGGCGCAAUUGUUUUGGACUAUGGCAGUCGGGCUAGGUUACAAUGAUGCAGCACUAAAGGAUUUAUUUAAUAAUUGCCUGGAUGAUCCUUUACCUUCAUGGGAGAUGAAGGGGUUAGAGAUACUGGACUUUUGGGGGUUUACCAAUUACCUGCACCAUCGUGCCCAGUGGAAUGCAACAACCACACCAGAGUGUCCAGACAAGGCUGCCAGCUCAGCCCCACAGCACAAGAUGGGCGCCAGCCCAACCCCACAGCACAGGAUGGCCGCCAACCCAGCCCCACAACCCAAGAUGGCCACCAGCCCAGCCCCACAGCCCAAGAUGGCCGCCAACCUAGCGUCACAGCCCAAGAUGGCCGCCAGCCCAGCACCACAGCACAAGAUGGCCGACUCAACGCCACCGACUCCCCAUCGUAGAGGGCGGAGGAGGAGAAAGGCAGCUGCUAUUCCCGAGGCGGAGCCCGAGGCAGUUCCCGAGGCGGAGCCCGAUGCAGUUCCCGAGGCGGUGCCCGAUGCUGUUUCCGAGGCGGUGCCCUAUGCAGUUCCCGAGGCGGAGCCCGAUGCAGUUCCCGAGGCGGUGCUCGAUGCAGUUGCCGAGGCGGUGCUCGAUGCAGUUUCCGAGGCGGUGCCCGAUGCAGUUUCCGAGGCGGUGCUCGAUGCAGUUCCCGAGGCGGUGCCCGAUGCAGUUCCCGAGGCGGUGCCCGAUGCAGUUCCCGAGGCGGUGCCCGAUGCAGUUCCCGAGGCGGAGCCCGAUGCUGUUCCCGAGGCGGAGCCCGAUGCAGUUCCCGAGGCGGUGCCCGAUGCUGUUCCCGAGGCCGAGGUCGUUCCCGAGGCGGUGCCCGAUGCAGUUCCCGAGGCGGAGCCCGAUGCAGUUCCCGAGGCGGAGCCCGAUGCAGUUCCCGAGGCGGUGCCCGAUGCUGUUUCCGAGGCGGUGCCCGAUGCAGUUCCCGAGGCGGAGCCCGAUGCAGUUCCCGAGGCGGUGCCCGAUGCAGUUCCCGAGGCGAAGCCCGAUGCAGUUCCCGAUGCAGUUCCCGAGGCGGUGCCCGAUGCUGUUUCCGAGGCGGUGCCCUAUGCAGUUCCCGAGGCGGAGCCCGAUGCAGUUCCCGAGGCGGUGCUCGAUGCAGUUCCCGAGGCGGUGCUCGAUGCAGUUCCCGAGGCGGUGCCCGAUGCAGUUCCCGAGGCGGAGCCCGAUGCAGUUCCCGAGGCGGUGCUCGAUGCAGUUCCCGAGGCGGUGCUCGAUGCAGUUCCCGAGGCGGUGCCCGAUGCAGUUUCCGAGGCGGUGCUCGAUGCAGUUCCCGAGGCGGUGCCCGAUGCAGUUUCCGAGGCGGUGCCCGAUGCAGUUCCCGAGGCGGUGCCCGAUGCUGUUCCCGAGGCGAAGCCUGAUGCAGUUCCCGAUGCAGUUCCCGAGGCGGUGCUCGAUGCAGUUCCCGAGGCGGUGCUCGAUGCAGUUCCCGAGGCGGUGCCCGAUGCAGUUCCCGAGGCGGUGCCCGAUGCAGUUCCCGAGGCGGUGCCCGAGGCGGAGCCCGAUGCUGUUCCCGAGGCGGAGCCCGAUGCUGUUCCCGAGGCGGAGCCCGAUGCAGUUCCCGAGGCGGUGCCCGAUGCUGUUCCCGAGGCGGUGCCCGAUGCUGUUCCCGAGGCGGUGCCCGAUGCAGUUCCCGAGGCGGAGCCCGAUGCAGUUCCCGAGGCGGAGCCCGAUGCAGUUCCCGAGGCGGUGCCCGAUGCUGUUUCCGAGGCGGUGCCCGAUGCAGUUCCCGAGGCGGAGCCCGAUGCUGUUUCCGAGGCGGAGCCCGAUGCAGUUCCCGAGGCGGAGCCCGAUGCAGUUCCCGAGGCGGUGCCCGAUGCAGUUCCCGAGGCGGUGCCCGAUGCUGUUUCCGAGGCGGUGCCCGAUGCAGUUCCCGAGGCGGUGCCCGAUGCAGUUCCCGAGGCGAAGCCCGAUGCAGUUCCCGAUGCAGUUCCCGAGGCGGUGCCCGAUGCUGCUUCCGAGGCGGAGCCCGAUGCAGUUCCCGAGGCGGUGCUCGAUGCAGUUCCCGAGGCGGUGCUCGAUGCAGUUCCCGAGGCGGUGCCCGAUGCAGUUCCCGAGGCGGAGCCCGAUGCUGUUCCCGAGGCGGAGCCCGAUGCUGUUCCCGAGGCGGAGCCCGAUGCAGUUCCCGAGGCGGUGCCCGAUGCUGUUCCCGAGGCCGAGGUCGUUCCCGAGGCGGUGCCCGAUGCAGUUCCCGAGGCGGAGCCCGAUGCAGUUCCCGAGGCGGAGCCCGAUGCUGUUCCCGAGGCGGUGCCCGAUGCUGUUCCCGAGGCGGUGCCCGAGGUUGUUCCCGAGGCGGUGCCCGAUGUUGUUCCCGAGGCGGUGUCCGUUACAGUUCCCGAGGCGGUGACCACAAGGCCGUGGUGGUCUUCGGCUCCGCCCUGGGAGACUCUGGCGGUGACCACGAGGACGUGGUGGUCAUCCGCUCCGCCCUGGGGGACUCUGGCGGUGACCACGAGGACGUGGUGGUCGUCCGCUCCACCCUGGGGGACUCUGGUGAUGACCAUGAGGACGUGGUGGUCUUCUGCUCCGACCUACUGGACUCCGGCCUCGACCACAGAGACGUGGUGGUCUUCCGCUCCGCCCUGGAGGGCUCUGGCCUUGACCACACGGCUGUGGUGGUCAUCUGCUCCGUCCUAGUGGACGCCUCAACAUGUCCUUCAUGGACUUAUGUUUUGUGUUUUUUGAGUUCUGUUUCUGUCUGUUCUCUUUAGUUUAGUCUGGCCCUCCGUCCCUCCCCCUGUACCUCCUCCGGUCCUCCUCCCUCCUGAUCUCCCGGUUUUAUGUAUCAUUUCUGGUGUUUGUCCCCCAUGUGUUCCUUUUCUGGCCCUCCGUCCCUCCCCCUGAGCCUCCACCUGUCCGCCUCCCUCCUGGUCUCUGUGUCAUGUUUUGUCUUUAAGCGUCUGGUAGCCGCUCCGUAGAGGGGGGGUACUGUCACAGUGUCUGGGUUGUUGUUCCCCGGGGUUCCACUAGAUGUCCUCCUUCUCACGGUGCCUGUCCCAGAUCACUUCCUGUUCCCUUAUAUGGUCACCUUCCUCCUUGUUACCUGAUUGAUUGUUCACCCCACCUGUCUCCUGUUUCCCAAUUAUCCUUCUGUGUUUAAAUACCCAGUCUGUCUUAGUCUAUGUCACGGAGUCCUUGUCUGAUGUCAUUGUGUUUCAGGUCCAUCAGUCUUGCUUUGUCUUACCCUAUGUGUCUCAUUCUCUCGUUCCACCAGACUUCCUCUACCUUUCCGUUCUUCCGAGUUCCCCGUUUCAUCCGGUUCCCUUUUUGUUUGAUUUGUCUCUCAUGACUGUUUAUUUUGUAUUUACCCCUCUGUUUAAAUAAAACCCUUACCUGCA